AUGGCUACAUUUUCCCGACUCGUCCGUUUCCUUGCCAAAGAUGGCCAAAUCUACUACGGUGAUGCCAUCCUCCCUGCCGGGGUCAGCGACAUUUCCAAAACUACCAAGGCCCUGGUGAUUCAGGGAGAUAUAUUUGGCCAGCAUCAAGUCACAGACCGGGUUGCUGAGGUGAAGAUGCUUCUUGCGCCUUUGGCGAGAGAAGAUAUUGGGACCGUCCGCGGCUUAGGAUUAAACUAUGAACAACAUGCGAAAGAAUCCAACCUUCCAACGCCAAAGUACCCAGUGCUUUUUUACAAACCCAUCACGUCUAUCUCGGGACCUACUGACGACAUUCCCGUUCCCCCCGUGGCCCAAGAAAGCGAGGGGCUGGAUUACGAGUGUGAGCUGGUUAUAGUAAUCGGCAAGGAAGCAAGAGAUGUCCCGGAAACCCGGGCUCUGGAUUACGUGCUUGGGUAUGCAGUAGGUGAUGAUGUAUCUCACCGGGAUUGGCAGAUCAAGCGUGGUGGGGGGCAAUGGGGUCUGGGAAAGAGUUUCGAUGGUUGGGCACCUUUCGGACCCGGUAUCGUGUCAUCAAAAUUGAUUUCUGAGCCGAAUGCUUUGGAAAUCUCGACAAGACUGAAUGGCAAGACUGUUCAGUCUUCUUCCACAAAGGACAUGAUCUUUGGUGUCGCCAAAACGGUGGCGUUUCUGUCCCAGGGAACCACCUUGUUGCCCGGCGACUUGAUCUUCACUGGAACUCCCCAAGGCGUUGGUAUGGGCCGAAAGCCUGCGCUUUGGCUCAAGGAUGGUGACUUGAUUGAGGUUUCUCUUGAGGGCGUGGGAUCGUGUGCCAACAGGGUUGUAUUUGACAAGUCAUCUUCCAAGCUCUAG